GCGAUGGCGGGAGCGCGCAAGCUGGUGAUCGCGCGCCCAUUCGGCGCCGAGCCGCUGCCCGAAGACUUCUGCCUGCAGGAGGAGGAGCUGCCGCCGCUGCGCGACGGGCAAAUCCUGGUCGAGGCGCUCUACAUCAGCCUCGACCCGUUCGAGUGGGCCUUCAGGCACCUGCACAAGGUCGGCGCCACCAUGAUCGGCUCGCAGCUGGCGCGCAUCGUGGAGAGCCGGUCGGCGGCCUUCCCGGCGGGCCGGCUGGUGGUGGGCUGCUUCGGCUGGCGCGACCGCACCGUGGUGGACGUGGGCCCGCGGGCGCACCACCUGCUAUGGCCGCCCGCGCUGCUGCCGCGCGACCUGGGCGGGCUGCCGCCGUCGCUGGCGCUGGGCGCGCUCGGCAUGCCCGGCUACGCCGCCUACUUCGGCCUCCUCGACGUGUGCGACCCCAGGCCGGGCGACGUGGUCGUCGUCAGCGGCGCCGGCGGGGCCGUGGGGUCGCUCGCCGGGCAGAUCGCCCGCAUCCACGGCUGCACCGCCGUCGGGCUCGUCCGCUCCGACGAGAAGGUGAGGUGGCUGAGGGAAGAGCUGGGCUUCGAGCACGCCUUCAACUACCAGACGACGGACGUGGGCGCGGCGCUGCGGCGGGUGGCGCCCGGCGGGGUCGACGUCUACUACGACACGGUGGGCGGCGACCUGAGCUCGGCGGUGGCCGACUGCAUGCGCGAGAGGGGCCGCAUCGCCGUGUGCGGCUGCGUGUCCACGUACCGCGACCCGCGCCCGCCCAGGAUGCUGCUCAUCCCGCCCGCCGUCGUCCGCAAGCGGCUGCGCAUGGACGGCUUCAUGUUCACCCAGUGGCGCGACCGCUGGCCGGAGGCCGACGAGCGGAUGGCGCUCUGGAUCAGGCAGGGCCGCCUCAAGUGGCGAGAGACCGUCACCGACGGCUUCCUCGACACGCCGCGCGCGUUCGCCGCCAUGCUCAGGGGCGACGCCAUCGGCAAGGCUCUCGUCAAAGUCUGACCACAAACUCCAGCGUCGGACAGUGGUCCAAUGUACACGCGGCAGACUGACUGUGGACCUCUCACUUUUCCCACCGAGCAGAUUCCAGAAUGUGGAAGUGACUUGAGCGUAGACUAUCGCAGCCAUAGGCAUCUCGAUCUGAGAGAGUGGCGUCGUGCAUAAGGAAUGUACUCGAACAUGGGGGUACUGCAGGUGGCCUUCAAGGAGAAACUGCAAAGUGAUGAUCUAAUGGCAGUACACCGGUGUAUAUGAGGGGCGUUCGCUAACUAACGCAACACAUUUUUUUCUGAUAGUUGGUUUCAUUCAGGAUUCCAGUACACGAGGCCGGCCGGUGUGGCCGAGCGGUUCUAGGCGCUUCAGUCUGGAACCGCUCGAUCGCUACGGUCGCAGGUUCGAAUCCUGCCUCGGGCAUCGACGUGUGUAAUGUCCUUAGGUUAGUCAGGUUUAAGUAGUUCCAAGUUCUAGGGGACUGAUCACCUCAGAUGUUAAGUCCCAUAGCGCUCAGAGCAAUUUGAAGCAUAACGCUGCCACAUGCUGGAACUUUACGAGACCGUAGGGGCUGCGACGGAAAUAUUCCAUGAUGUCCCACAGUGAAUUCCGCAUUUAUUGAGCGAAAAUUGGCCGACAAAAAAGUGUUGCAUUACUAACUGAACGCCCCUCAUAUAGUGAAGGAAGUGGAAAGUGUUACCUCAUGAAACACUAGUUCGAUAUUUAUUAAACAUUGCGAAGAUGGUCAUGAAAUAAUAGGUGUUAAAUGAUUAAAUUUUCAUUCAGUCAGAAAAUGACUGCCAACACCAGUGUCCAUCCCCAUGGUGUGGAAUACUCCCUCGUAAUUGUUAUGAUAUAGAAGCAAAAACGAGGAAUUUCUUGCCUAGCGUGAAACACAUGCUGAUAAAGUAGAACCGUUGGCAAAGGAGAAUGGUGAUUUUACUGGGCAUAAAUUUCAAGUCAUUAUUGAUAGACAGUCAGCAUAUUGUACAUCAUGGUAAAAACAUUUACACAAUUGUUGAUCAUAGCUAAUGUUAACGUCCACUUGCAUUGCAUAAUAUUUGUUAUAAAAAAAUCUUUCGUCUUGCGAGUCACUAAAAAUAUUUACAAUUUAGACCUUGAUUUAUUUUAAACCCACUCUUCGACACACAACUUUAUAAACAUACGUAACAAACAUAUAUCAAUUGACUUCACAUGUAUUAAAACCCUCAUGCAACCUUAGCGUCACUAGCGCACUAAAUUUUAACACAGUUAAAUGGUGACAACCUCGCAUUGAUAGCUCACAUACAUUUUAUCACCUGUCGCUCAGUCCCGGCGCUAACAGCGCAGUAAAUAAUUAAGAGCAAUCAAAUGGAGGCACCCUUCAUAAAUUAAACUUUCAAUGGAACAUGAGAUUGCUUUCAAUUACUUAACAGACACACAGGUACAAUAUAUGUAACAACUACAAGCCAAACUUAAUACUAAUCUUACAAAGGGAAGAAUGAGGAACAAUCUUGGCAACCAAAACAAAGCCCUCAUUUGUGCUAGCGACAAAUAAACUAACAUAUGCAGUUUAAUAAGACACAAGCUCAUGCUAGCAGGCAACACUAAAGUGACGCAACGCAUGAUACUAACAUGGCGCAAAAGCCGCAACAAAAAGGAAGUCGCCAUAAUAAACCACAACAACAAAUCCAUGUCGCUCAUACGCCGAUCAGCCAUACUGUCUGCCAAACAGUGUCACUCAGAAACUAAUCAACAACAUUCACUGCAAAGCAAACAAAAAAAAUGGCUCUGAGCACUAUGGGACUUAACAUCGAUGGUCAUCAGUACCCUACAACUUAGAACUACUUAAACCUAACUAA